CAAGUUUCUCUCCGUUAUUUAAAAAGCAAACUCCCUCUGCUGGGUUUGUCCCUCUGCGGUCUCCGUCCUGUAUGCUCAGCCUUCAGUUUGAAUCUUCGGGCGGUUUUUAGCUGCAGCAGCGGAAGGAAACUUUUAGAAUGGCCACCCCUGCCACCAGCCCCGAUCAGGGCGCAUUUAAAACCCCUAAAAUUGUCCGAGUGAGGAGCACCGGAAGCACCAGCGGAACCCCCAUCACCAUCCCUGCCUCUCCUUUCAUGAAGAAGUUGGGUUGUGGGACUGGAGUCAACGUUUAUCUCAUGAACAGAGUGGGCAACCUAAAUGCAUCACCCUGGGCUGUGAAGAAGAUCAACAGUAAAUGUGCAGCCAAACAGGUGGCUGUUUACCAGCAGCGCCUCAACGAGGAGGCAAAGGUCCUGAAAGGAAUCAAUCACCCAAACAUCGUUGGUUUCCGUGCCUUCACCACGGCCAAAGAUGGCUCCAAGUGUCUGGCCAUGGAGUAUGGAGGAGAGCAGUCCCUCAAUGACCUGAUAGAGAAGCGGAGGGAGGAUGGCCUGAAAGCUUUUCCUGCUGCUAUUAUAGAGAAAGUGGCACUGCAUGUGGCUCGUGGCCUGCAGUAUCUACACAAUGAGAAGAAGCUGCUGCACGGCGACAUGAAGUCAUGUAACGUGGUCAUCAAGGGUGACUUUGAAACAGUGAAAAUCUGCGAUGUUGGCGUGUCUCUGCAGCUGGAUGAAAACAUGAAAGUGUCUGACCCAAAAGCGAAGUACAUCGGCACAGAGCCGUGGAAGCCCAAGGAAUGUUUGGAGGAAGGAGGAGAGAUCACAGACAAGGCAGACAUCUACGCCUACGGUCUCACUCUGUGGGAGAUGAUGACGCUGGCCAUGCCUCAUCUCGAGAUGCUGGAGGAUGAUGAGGGUGAAGUUUUAGAGGACUCUAUGGAGCUGAGUUUUGAUGAGGACGCCUACUAUGAGCGGCUGGGGACGCGGCCGGCACUGGACACCGAGGCUCUGGGCAGCUCAUACCGGAGAAUGGUGGAGCUCUUCUACCUCUGCACGGAGGAGGACCACAAGAAAAGACCAACAGCCGCCCAGAUCGUCCAGGCUUUAGAGAGCAACGCCUCCCUGGACAAAACGCCCUCAGAGGUGAUCGUUAUCGACUGAGUUAUUCUGCUCACUGUGUCAGAGGCGCAGCUUCGAAAUGUUUAAUGAAACUUCAUAAAUGUUGGGCUAAUUUUUUUUAAGGGAUUAACGAUUAUAGAACACAUGGACAUAACGAGUCCCCUGAUACAUAUCUAUUUUUUCUCCACGGGUUAAUAAACAAACUAACACUGAGCAUAAACAUAGUUAAUGCCUUUCCAGUUUGUGCUGACCUCUUUAUAUUACUAUUCGUCUGUUAUCUUUCCUAUUGUCCUCUUUAAUAUUGUCAAUGUUUUUACUUUCAUCCAUUGUUUAUAUGUAUUUGUCAUUUUAAUCUCAUUCAACUUGUAACCUGUAAAAUGUUCGUUUAUAUUGGGGGUUUUUUUAAAUAUAAAUAAAUUGGACAAUGAUCCCAGACCACUUUUCCCCCAUUCACCCACUUUCUAAAGCCAGUUAUAUUUUUGUUAUGUAUCAGUGGCAAAAGCCUAUUAGUAAAACACAGCAGGACUUAAAUAAUUCAUCUCCUGUUAAACUUUAAAAACCUGAUCAGCUACUUAUGACUGAAAUGAUUUGAGACUAAGCUGAAACUUACAGCUUUUAGCUACAUCAUCUUUGCCAGCAGGUAAAGUUCACCUUCCUUGUACAGUACUCACUGUACACGCAACUUAAGGGACGUUUAAGAAGAGAUGCUGUCAACUGCUGCUCCCAACAGACAAAUAUAGAUUUUAAAAUAUCUAAAAAAUAUAAUCUCAAAGGACUUGAUGGUUUAUUGUUAUGAAUACAUGGUGCAUUCAUAAAUUGUGCCAGUACUUGCAGUUCUGCUCUUACACUGA